AUGAGUGCUACAGAACCAGCGGUAGUGGAAACUUCAACACCCGCGCCAGUCAACGGUGUCGGAGCAGAUUCCGUUGUAGAGGUCGACGACGCAGACGAUGCAGGCUUCGCCUAUGGCGAUGAUGACUCUGAUUCUGCCGUGAGCGCUUCGAUAACAUCCUCCAUCGUCAACUAUGAAUACGCCAAUGGCAGACGAUACGCCGGUUAUCGACGGGGCGAGUAUCUCCUUCCCAACGAUGAAACAGAGCAGGAUCGCCUAGAUCUGCUCCACCAUGUCUUUCUUCUCCUAAACGAUGGAAAACUCCUACGCGCACCCAUCGGCCCCAUCCCCCAAAGAGCUCUAGAUAUUGGAACCAGCACGGGAAUCUGGGCACUAGCCAUAGGGGAAGAACGUAGGGUUAAUUUACGUGACAUGUCGCUGAAUAUUAAAUGUCAAGAUGGUGUUGAAAUGGCACAGGACUUCUUGACAUCAUUGGAGGACAGCUCAGUCACCAUGUAA